CCUACUUUCAAAUUCAAGACACGCAUCUCUAUCUGAACUAUACCAGGCGCUUAGUUGCUGCAUUUUGUUUAUGACCAUCAACUUUCAAAGUUGGUGCACGGUCACCCAUACUAUGAAGUGGCUGGAAACGAAACUGUCAAAUGAGGAAAUGGAGGACAAGGAGAUACUUCCGAGACGGAAGUAGGUCGAUAGCUACGUCCGAGGCUACAGCUGAGGGUAGUGUGGAAAAGGAUUGAAUUGUCAAAGAUUUCUGGUCGGAUCAGGGAAUGACAUUAUGCCACAUAACAAAGGCCAGCUCUGUUGACAGAAAGAAGUUUGAUUUAUCAAGACUUUGUCCACGUAUUCUACUCUUAUGGGGUAUUCUAUGCCUAUGGCUACUAAGCCUUACCGAGGAGCAUGAUGCUGCCCGAGUCCCUACUCACUCGACUCUGGAGAAGAGUGUUAGUACGGAGAAUAUUGAGGUGUCACUUUACAACAAGGGACCUCAUAGCAUGCCGCCUUGUGUGCCGAGACCUUGCGACUCAACUAGAGCCGGUCCUUUUCCAGGACAUCACCAUCCGAUUCCGUUGCAGGUCCUUGAGCCGGCCAUCGCGAGUCUCUGCGCUUGAACGCAUCGGACAACAUGUUCAGCAAGUGACAUUCGCCAUCGCACAUACCACCGAAACAUUCUUACCACCAAUCAUAGAUGCGGAUACGGGAAAAGAGCAGACGUUCGUGUACAUGCCUCAGCACCGACAGGGCUCACCAAAGAGCCCCAAAUAUGGCACCUGGGAGAUGACAGAUCUGCUAGUCAAGCAAUAUCCUCCACUUUUCCAUGCAGCCACCGACAUCCCCUCGUUCGUGCGAGUGCUGUCUUCAAUGAAAAACCUGCGCCAUCUGCGGAUCACCUGCGAGGGCCAGCCUCCUAGUCAUCGGUACCGACGAAGCGUGGUCGACUAUGCGCUGAUUUCGUUGCGCAUUGCAGUUGAGCAGGCAUCGCUCAGGUUCCUAAACAGUCUUUCAUUGAUAUCAGUCCAUCCCGCAGCGGUGCUUUACCUGCAGCCAAAUCUGGGAUUCGGCGCAUCGCCUGCCUCCCGUAAGCGGUGGUCCCAGAUUCGAUAUCUUACCAUUCACAUGGAGAGUUUCCCUUACCGGGCGGGUUCGCCCACGGAUCAUUUCAAGCUUCUGGAUGCGUAUCUGCAAAGCUUUCCCGAGCUUCGGACUCUGGAAUUCCAUUGGAAAGGCGAGAGGGGCCUUUCACCAAUUUCUCUGGCAAGCGAAGUCUAUCUCCGGAAUGCGACCAACGAAAGAUCGAGACAAUCGGAUACCAGCAAAAGGAGCCAUUUCUUACGCCCACUGAAAUUGCCCUACCUCCAAGAGGUAGAGCUGGUCAAUGUGGUGAUGGAUGCAUCGCAGGUAGCAUCUUUUCUCCUCGAUCAUCGACAAUCCUUGCGUGAACUCAAGUUUCAAGAUAUUGUUCUGCGUACGGGCACAUGGGAUGAAGCAUUGGCGCCCUUGACUCGAAUGAAAGACGGCGUCUCAUGUAAACAGUAUCAGAGAGACGAGCGCAGUGCCAACGUGCCUAUAAUGUUGAAGCCCAUGACGACCCAGGAUUCAAUGUGACGAGAACACUAUCCAGUACAGAGAUAGAAUCAAGGAUUCCGCAGCUUAGCGACACAAGGGGAAGAAUUUUAUUCCUGAGGGAGACCGAUCAUAUGCAGCGGCGGGCACCGUCAUCAGCCUCGUGUCGGCGGUGACGUCGCGGAUCCUCGGAGGGUAAAGAACAAAAAGGAAAGGAUUAUCGGUUGUUAGUGCAUCGCGAUGAAUAGUUAGUUACCGGAUGCGUGGGACCUGGUUGACUAAUAGACCGACGAGCAACGGGCUAAGUACACAUCGGAAAAGGACUCGGAGGUUAAGGGGAGAUCAGGCCCUUGUGAGAUCGCGUGCCAGAAGCUAUAACUAUGAACUAGGAAAUAGAUAAUCAGGACCAACGUGGUAAUGUCUACUGCGUAGGUCCAGUCGCGUGGGGAAUCACGGGGUUCACGGGGGGCCUCGGCACG